CGUAACGCUGCACGAUUAGAUGAGUCUCGGCCUCCGUGGUGUGCUUUCGCCCGAGAAGAAUUUCGGAAGCUGUGAACAUCAUGGAAACCGUGAAAGCGAAGCGCAAGGAUAGCCAAGAAUCGAUGAAGGUUGGAAAGCAGCACGAUGUACUGCAGCAGAUACUGGAAAACAGGAGGAGGCAGGUUGGGCGGGCUGGAGGGCCGUGUGUUGGACGUCUUGAGCCGCACCGGCCCAGGCUACGCGCCGGUCGAUUUUUUUGCUGAUGACGCCGAGCAGGCAAGCUCCAGCGAGGAAGAGGCCGCUGCCGCCCAUGUGCCUCUCCCGACGGCCCCACCCCAAGUAUCCGUGGGCACAGAGCCGGGGACGAGCGGCACUGCACGACCACCACCUCGGCAGCAGCCCCAAAGACCACCUCGGCUGCAGGGCAGCAGAGGAAUGCGCGAGGCAGAGGCAGCUGGCGGAGGCUGCAAACGUGGAGGCUGUCGCCUUUCACCAGAUGCUUCUUGA